AUGGCGGCGUUUGCUGGCCUGUCUGGUGCCCAAGCCAUCUUACUGGCGACCCAUCUCUGCGCCAGCGGGAACGUGUCCAGUCUGCCUCAACUCCAAGCCCGCUUCCCGCGCUGGCUGCCACUGGAACGAGUCUUCCGCAUUAUCUUGACCUAUCUUCCAGAGAGUACUGAGCCCCGGAAGUACACUUCGGUGCUCCAGGAGCUCCUGGAGGGUUCUCACACUGAAACCCAUGAUGUUGACGUGUCCGCGGUCAAAGGUCUCUCAGACGAAGCGGCGCGGACCCGUGUACGGAAGCUACGUCUCCUGCCUCUGAAAUACCCUGACGACGAAGACACCCUGGGCUCGACCGACCUCCUGACCCAAUUCCUUAUUCAUCGAGCGCACCGGAUUGACUCGGAAACCGCCCUCCAACCUCUCAUUCUCGAUCUCCUCCUGCCCUUCUAUCAACACUCCGCCACAUUGCGCACGUGGCUGAUUUCUAGUCUACUACCCUUGCUCCGAUUGAACUACGAGUACUAUCCGAGUCAGGACGAGACAUUUUCCUUGGACAUCUUGGAGUCUAUGGACGACAACACCGCUAUAAACGUGCUUCUUUCUAUGACAAGCUCCCAGAAGAACGACAUGGACCUGGCAAGGAAUCUGCGCGGGCUGCUGGGCCCUUGGAUGUUUGGCAGCAACCGGCCGAAACGGCGCAGACUCAACCAGACCGCACAACAAACUUCAAUCACUCUCUCGCAGGACGAGAGUUCGACAGAGAAGGGGACUAGCGCAGGUUGGCAGUCUGUUAACGAAUGGCUGUUGUCGCGAAGCUUGAUCGAUCACGAGAGCACGGUGAAUGCCUAUGUCCAUUGGGAUGGCCCGGAGGAUGUUGAUCUGGGAGGAUAUAAUGAAGAGAAGGAGACGAUGUCAAGUGAAGAGUCGAUCCGACUGCGGACUCGGUAUGGUCAAUCAGGACUUGCUGUCGUUUACGCCAAUUCAGAUACGAGUCAGCGCUGUUUGGAUGGCUCCUUUCAGAUAAUUUCACGAGUCGCCCGGAUACUUGGCCUUGAGGAAUCUUUGUUGGGUUCUCAGGACAACUCUGGACUUCCUGUCGUGACCUUUGAUGUCACCCGCGUCUCCUCGUCAUCGAGGGUCUCUUUGUUACAGAACGCAUUACUAUCGGUGUCCAAUCCUCUGACUACCCCAUCGACGUCCUCAAUAACAUUCCUCAACGCCAUUCUGAUUUCUCUUCGCGUCCUGAUCGAACUGGGCCAUCCUGUUCCGUGUAGGACGAUUGCGAACAUAUGUCUCCAUAGUAAUGACGAGGCGCAAAUGCUGGAGCUGCGGGCUGUGAUUGAGUCUGUGGUUAAACAGACCAAGACUCGCGACUGGCGGAAAAGCCGCCAGCAACUACUGUGGCUUUGGAAUUGGCAGGGUGGCGAGUCUCAGCCAACAGAAAGUCCAGCCGUGUGUCACGGACUAUUUUGGCGAGUGCCUCGAAACAUUGUUGAGGCGGAGAUUCUGAAGGCACUGCUGGAGGUCAGAGAAUAUGACUUGGCCGUGGAUAUCUACGUGACUACUGGGUCUGCCUUGAGCUCUGACCAGGUUGAAGAAGCCAUCAAGGAGGCCAUCUUCACCGCGUAUGAUAACGCCAGCAACGGCAAUCGCACACGGGGAGGGAUGAAGAGAGCAUCGGAUAUUCUGCAAGCUUUCCGUGUUCACUUCCCGGACUCCGUGUCAUUCAAGCAAAUCCACGCUCUCAUAGCCGCAACCCACUCCCUCUCUUUCUACUCCCUUACAUUACAGCACGGUGUCCCUUUUCAGCCGGUCAGCAUUCGGGUCCAUCCAGACCCCCUUGCUCUGAUAGAGAAGGUGCUUGACCAGAAUCCAAAGGCCUACACGAAGUUAGACGAUCUUCUCGGCAUCGGAAGGAACCUCGUGGCGGCGGGGUUCUCUCCUCGUCAACGUGACGAGAAUGACGAACCAGAUGAUAUCGUCGUUUCCACAGAGCCGCAAGACCCCGUAAUCACCGCGGAGCGACGUAUUAUGUCGCUUGCGAUUUCGUCAGCCCUGUCCUCUGACGACUUUGGGACAGCUUACUCUUACAUCCUCACCCGUCUUACACCUCCAUCCCUCAUAUCGACAUCCUCCCCUCUCACCAAUCCCGAGGUGAAAGACGAUAUCUCCUGGCGUGCAGUCUACAAUGCAGGUCGCUACCGCGCACCGGCCUCCUCGUCGCCGAACCUGCAGUCCCAAAUUUCACAACUAUCUCAGCGCAUGGAGCUCCUUUCACUUGCUUUAGUCCUCGUUCCCUACCCCGACCCACUCCCGGAGAUCCUAGGGGCAUGGCGGCGGUGUGAUGAGGAAUUGAAUGUUCUUCGUGCCCGUGAGUCGGAAGAAGAGGAGAUCUGGGACGCCAAAGGGGACCGUUUUUCGACGGUCCCUGGCGGGUUCGGCCCCACCGACAGCGAACAGGAUGCUUUUGAAACCAAACAACGCCACGCCCGACGCGCACGAGCCCAACAGAGCCGCGUGGAUCUUGAAGAAGCUCCCAUGGGACUCUUUGAGGUCGCCCGAGGUGCAGCAAUGGCCCUCCACAAGAACGCGUUUCCGCUCCGUGGUGCCGCCUCGGAUGCAGCAACCGCGUCGCAUGAAGUGGGUGAUGGAGAGUCCGCGCAGGAGCGGGUGCGCAAGAGGGACGUGGUGAGUAAUAUGGUGACUGGCGGGUUGGCCAGUGGAAUCGGAUGGGUGCUUGGGGCGCAGCCCGUUAACCGGUGA